AUGCACCACUUAGAUCAGGGCAGGGGACAGUCCACCGAGGGCUCGCAAUCCCUCUCCUCUCUGCUGCCCGCCAACUCCACCUCCGGCGACGCUCCCAGCCUCCGCAACCUCACCGCCCGCCUCAUCUACGAAAGUGAACACAGUCAUUCCGGCGGACUGUGGACGGACGUCGUCAUCUACCGGGACCUUCUCGAGGGCCUCGGCUACGUCGUGGAAAUCUUCAACAUGCGCGAAUACCCGACACCCGAGUCCGCGGCGGCCGGCGUUGCCAACAUCCAGGUGCUGGUCGAGAGGCUGCGCCAUCCCUGGCUCGUGGUCGGGCGCUACAACAUGUUCGUCAUCAACCAAGACAUCAUCCACGACAUACGGCUCUACCGCCUGCUCGACGCCAUCGUGUGCAAGUCAGUGAUGGCCCAGGAGCUGGUCGACCAAUACCUCCGUAACUACUCCCGGGAGCACACGCCACUGGGCCUCGACGUCUUCUACGUCGGGCACACCUCGGCCGACCCGCGCGAGAAGCUCGCCAGCCUCCCCGCCAUACAACAGGACUUCACCCAGUUCAUCCACGUCGGCGGCAAGUCGCUCAACAAGGGGUCCGACGUGGUGUACGACACCUGGCGGAAGCACCCCGAGUGGCCCAGGCUCCACCUUACCGACUUCAUGCACAACAAUCGCUACUUCCGCGCGGAGCACGAGUGCGCCGACUGCGCCUACAACUCCUGGCCCAACAGGACCGGGGUCAUGAUCCAAGAGAACUUAAUCCUCUACACCAAGCGCCUGGCCGACGAGGAGCUGCUUCGGCUCCAGCAGUCGUCGGGCGUUCACCUGUGCCCGAGCCGCGAGGAGGGCUUCGGCCACUACAUCAACGAGGCUCGUGCCCUGGGCGCGCUGGUCAUGACCACCAACUGGGCGCCCAUGAACGACAUGGUGCAGGACCACUUCGGCGUGCUCAUCCCGUGCCAGCUCACCUCGGCCUCGCUCUAUCAGUCGCCCCUCCCCGGCAACCAGGCCUGCGUCGUCGGCCCGACCGACCUGGAGAAGGCCAUGGAGAAGUACUUCGGCCUCAUCGGGAAGAACGAAAACGACGACCAGCUCAGGUUGGACAAGGUGCGCUCGAUGGGCGAGUUCGCGCGUGUGCGAUUCGAGGACGACCGCGACGACUUCCGGGACCGCAUGCAGAAUCUGUUCGGCAAGGUGCUGCCCCAGAUGAUGCUCACCCACCAAAAUGUACACAACGACGACAACGAUGUGUCAGAGAAACAGGAAUAA